UUUUGUUGUGUAUGUUUAAUGAUAGUUACAUAAAAGUUUGUCACUUUUUAUACAAUCCAUAAAAAAGCGAGGAAGAUUCCCAAAGUCCCCAAAGCUUAAAGCUGGAGAUGCGUUAGAUUAGUCCCGUUGAGGAAAUUUUACCAGCACUUCUUUCCUUAAACUACUAUAACCGACAUAGGUUUCAGUAUAGAAAAGGGAAAAAGAUUAUAUUAUAGGCCUACUCCGGGAGAAGAAUUUUAAAAUUCGUUUAAGUAGGCCUAAGCGUUGCAGUGGUUUGCAGACAUUGCAGAGUAGAGGUCGCCAGCAUAAACAUUCGAAAUACAUAAAAGAAAUCAAUCGAUAGAAAACCUGCCGGCGUUGCAGAUGAGGCCUAAACAUGGCCCAAAUGACGGAAGAUGCAAUAGACGUCACGCCAGGGUUAACUGUGGAAGUGAGGCGAGACAGUCAAACAUUUCAAGAUAUUCAAAAAGAGAGAAUUCGGGGACUUCAAAAGAAAAUGGAAGAGGAGGUAUUAAGGAAAAAGCUCAAAUGGGAAAUGGAAGUAGGUAGAAUGAGAGAUGAAUUUUUGAAGCUCUAUCCGGAGGAUAGAAAAUGGCCUUCAUUGGAAGAAAUUAACGAACCAUUAGUUCUAAAGAGAAGAGGAAGUACAGAUGUUCUUGAUGUUAAGAGAAUGAAAACACUCUUCUUGGAAUAUCCUAGUGGGGGAAGAUUUUUUAAACUGAGAUUUGAUAUGGAGGAUUAUGAUAAGGAUACAAUAAAUAUCAAUGUUGAUGGAGAUCGAAUAGUUGUAAGAGCCACCAAAGAAGAUGAUACAUAUCCACAGGAGCGGAGUAGUUUCGUGAGGAAGAUAGAAAAGCCGAGGGACGUUGAUAUUUCUAAACUUAGGUCUUUCUUAACAUCUGAUGGGGUGUUAAUUAUUGAAGCUCCGAUGCCUCCUAGAUCGUUAAAUAUCAAGAAAUUUCAUCAUUCACCUAGUACAAUAUCUAGGUGUAGAUCAUCGCCUCCUAGUUCUCCAACAAAUUCUAGUCCCCAGACUCCAUCUCACUUGCUGAAGCCAAACAUUCCUACUUUUUCUGGACAAAAUGGAGAAAGAAGAAUGUCAUUACUAAUAGAAAUUGGAAAGUGCUUUAAACCAAAGGAAAUCGCUGUUCAAAUAUUAAAAUCCGAUAGGAUAAUGGUAAGAGCGAAACACGAAGAAAAAACAAAAGAGCUACAAUCCAAGUCAAAGUUUUCUAAAGAUUACGACUUAAGCGAACCUAUUGAAAGGUAUACGCUUAGAGCGGGUUUAACAGAGGAUGGCAGAUUAUUAAUAGGUGCUUUGGGUAAGAACCAUGAUGCUAUUACUAAAUUAGCGGCUGUUGAACAAAUUACUAAGGAUAUUGCUGCCAGGUCUAGUUCCUGUAAUGUGUUAGAUUUUGCUAACUUCCCUCCGGCGGUUGUUCCGCAAAUCUAAAGAGGAAAAAACAAUUUAAGAAAACAACAGAAGUAUUGAAAAUAUCUCUUUUUCGAUAGUUUUUCUCUUCGAUUGCUAUGACAACUAAAAAAUUUUUUAUUUUCAAAAUUAUUUAAUUACGAUUCAUUUUAUUUCUUCCACUUUCUUUCUGAUUCUAUCAUUCCCUAUCCAUUUCUCUUUUUUCAACUUUUGGGUUCUGCUACCUGAUUGAUAGAAAAUAUAAAAAAAAGACAACUCCUGGGAAAACUUUCUCACGUUAGUAUUUAUAAUUAAAAAAUCCCCAAGUAGAUGGCGUUAGCAACCUUUUAGGACUGAUAUAAUUUUCCUCAAUAAAUGUCUUGAAAGACAAAUAGAGGUGAAAAGAAUAUCAAUUUAGGAAAGCGAAAAUGUUUUUCGUAGUUAGAAAAUUGGGGAAUAACUUAUUACAGUUUCCCUGGAUGGUAGUUUGCUACGGGAAAGUUUUUUUUUUCAAUCUGCAAAAUACUCCAAUAAGCAUCUUCAUUAAAGUUUUAUAAACUACUCUCAAUGGAUUUACUAACAUAAAAAACAAAAUUUCAAAGGAGCCGACAGUCUUGGGAAUAAACUAUUUUUGGCUUUUCAGUUGCUCACGUUUCUUUCUUAUAUGGAUGCACUUUUUGCUCAAUUUUCUAUUGGUUCAAUCAGUUUUAUCUUUGGUUUGGGAAAUUUUUCCAGGAAAGACAAUAGAAGAAGAGGAAAUAUUUCUGAAAAAACAUUUUCAUUCUCGGCAUAAUUCAAUCUUAAGUUCGUUUAUUAAAAUGUGCGAAGGUCUAAGAAAAUAAAAUAUUUGAUGAAUAUAUACAAGAAUCAGUUUUAUGCAGAAAUACAAAAUCCUUUUUACGUAUUCUAUCGCAAGUAAACAAAUAUAUUUCGUUUCUUCAACAAUUAUAGAACAAUUAUAUUAAUUGGGAAAAGGGUGGAAGACAGAAAUUGGAAGGGUAAAAAUGAGGAAAAAAAGGAAGGAAGGAAGGAAGGACGGAAACAAAAAGGAGGUAUGGAAACAACAGAGAGAGAGAGGGAAUAAGAAAGAAGAAGGAGGAGCAGGAGGAGGGGAAAAGAGAAUAAGAAGAAGAGAAGAAAGAGUAAAAAAAAGUCAAAUGAUGAAGUGGAAUAAAUUACUUUAGUCUGAUUUUUUUUCUGGAAAUUUUUUUAAGAAAAAAAAAAACUUAAAGAGAAAAGAACUUUUCGAAAACUUGCAUUAAAAUACAUUCUGCAUCGCUACUUGUGCUCUUGUAACACUUUAUUAACCUAUGCAUCAAGGUAUGGGCAUGCUUUUUCUUAUAUACAAGUUUUUUCUUGUCCCAGCUUUGUAUUUUAAUAUCAAUAAAAAAAAGCGCUUAAUCGUAGUUAUAUACAUAUAUUAUAACAUAAAAAAGUACUAUAUUUAUAUACUUUCUGCAACAUACGUACAUACAAUAUGAUAUAGAAUAAUAACGUAAUAAAAUUUAAUACAAUUGAUUUU